GUUUACCUGUGACGUGUUUAUGCCGCGUCAGUACUACCGCUUCCAAGAUGGCGGCCGGAAGCGUUGGGCGACCCGGAAAAGUUAUGUUGGGGGGUUGAGGAAAAUGGCGUGGACCUGCUGCGCUCGCGUAUGGGUCGGACGGGAGUUAUGGACUAGUGGAGUUCGGGCACGUAGAACUACCUUGUAUACUCAACAAAGACAUGGAUUCAGAAGACCAACACAGAAGAACGAUGUCCAAAAUCCUAACUCAAAAGCCAGUACUAAACCACAGAGAAGUGGUUUGUCUCCUCCGGUAGAGGAUGUCAUCUUUCCAACACCUUCCCAUUCAGUGAAGAAGCUUCUGAAGCCAUUCUUCUUCACAGUUGGGUUUUCAGGUUGUGCUUUUGGCACAGCAGCUAUAUGGCAAUAUGAAACUCUCAAAGCAAAGUUCCAGAGGUAUUUUGAGAAUACUCGAGAUGACUGGUUGGAUAGGAUGAAGAUACGUACAGGGUUGGACAUCAGGAGAGAGAUUCACAUAUGGUGGAAAUCUUUGAGUGAAGGGCAACGUGCUGUGUCAGGCAUUAUAGCAGCGAAUGUCUUAGUAUUCUGCUUAUGGCGGGUACCUGCUUUGCAGCGGAUAAUGGUCACAUAUUUUACAUCUAAUCCUGCUUCUCGAGUUUUGUGCUUUCCUAUGGUGCUGUCGACCUUUAGUCAUUUCUCAUUUCUGCACAUGGCAGCCAACAUGUAUGUUCUGUGGAGCUUCUCAACCAGCAUAGUCUCUCUUCUGGGACCUGAGCAGUUCAUUGCAGUCUAUUUCUCUGCCGGUGCUGUUUCCACAUUUGUAAGUUAUGUCUGCAAAGUAGCCACAGGAAGGUUUGGACCAUCACUUGGAGCUGUGAGUCCCACUUCUGAAUCCAAUCUCAUCUACCUUCUUUUCAGAAACUAUACUAAGCAUACUAUGUUAAAAAGGAAAUAGGGUUAUUGGGGGGGGGGGGGUUUAACCUACAGGAGACAUUAUUGAAAUCUAGGGACUUUUCUGUAACCUGAACCCAGCAUCAAAGAAAAAAAUUAGUUAGGUAAACUUUAAAUUUUAUAGCAAUUUUAUUGGAAUACCAUUUUAUACCAAUAUACACUUUUAAAGUUAUUCAAUAAUGGAAUAUUGCAGGUAAUUUAUAUCAUAUGUAGCUUAGUUUUUAGGUUUUGGUUUUGCAGAAGAG